AUGGGGUUGACAGUAAAAGUCGAAUACUGUCAGGUGCAGUGUCGGAUAGGAUACGAACCCCGCUAUCGGGAGCUCGCCCACACCGUGAAGGCUGAGUUUCCCGAUGCGGACGUGUCCGGCUCCGUGGGAAGAUCAGGCAGCUUUGAGAUAGAAAUCAACGGGCACCUGGUCUUCUCCAAGCUCGAGACAAAAGGCUUCCCAUAUGAGGAUGAUAUCAUGGACGCCGCGCAGGCCGCCUACGAUGGGAAAGUUCCGCAGAAGAUCACCAAAAGCCGGCCGCCGUGCGUCAUCAUGUAA